AUGGCGAUGGAAAUUUCACAUCCACGGCGUAUUCUAGCUGUUAGUAGACCAGAUUCUGGUCUUGUAGACUUAUUGAAAGGUCUCACGGGUUCUGCGCCUGCUCUCACAGGGGACUCUAUCGCAGGUGUAACACAUGACUGGUCUAUCAAAACUAAUUACUAUACCGCAAGUGUUCCAAUAUGGCUUGAUGAGAUACAUGAGCCAGAAAUAUGGUGUAAGGAAUUUUUGGCACCAGAAGCUCGAGAAGUUCUGACGGUUCUUGGUGCCUUUAUUGUAUGUUUCCGAAAGCCUGUCGAUGAAGCUGAGUUACAAGCUUUUAAGGUUCUUUUGGAGGGUGUGGCCGAGGUUGUUAAGGAGGGUUGUGGUUAUACUUGGGAUGGCGUUUGUUUGGCCGUGGCUAUGCCACAGUCAACGACUCCAUACCUGGAGAAAAGCUUCGACGAGUGGGAAGAAUUGUGCCAGGAGCAUGGCUUUGAAUUUAUUGAUUUUGAAAGCAAAGGUCGAAUGAAACCCAUGGGUCUUGAGAGGUUGAAGGAAGCUUUAGAAGCCAAUGAAUGGGAGGGUGGUGAUGAUGAUGGGGAAGGUCUUGAUCUUGGUGACUUCGAGGAUGAUGGCGAUGACAAUAAAAGCAUCGGGUUCGGUAUCGAAGCGGCUGAAUUGGAAAUGGAAAUGUUCGGUAUGAAGCAGGCAAUUUAUGGCGAGUCCUCCGAAAAAACGAACCCCGAAGAAGAAGUAGAGAAUGAGGAUGGAGUAGAGCAGCUCGAAGCUUUGAUGUUGAGAAUGCAAGCAGUCAAAGAUAUGGGUGCGGAUUUGCCAGAAGCUGAGAGGAAGAGAUUUGCUGCGAAAGCCGUUAACGAUUUAAUGAAAACUUUAUAA